UGUAGACUGCCUUUCGUCACAUCAACUGCGGUCCUCGUGUUGGCAGUGUAGCGUCGUGAUCUUUUGGAAGACAGUGAACAGUAUAGAAUUGUAGUGUUUUUUUUUUUUUUGAAGAGUACAGUGCUCUGCUAUUAAUCGCGGGAAAAAUCUGGGCAGGGCGGAGUAAGAAUGCCUACAGUGUCGACGUCCAUACUGGGAGGCGUCCGUUGCUAAUUGUCUUCCAGAGGAAUUGCCUGUGUGUUACGGACUGUUCUGCCCGGGUCAGAAUGAGUACGGUUUUGCCCUUCGCUCUGCUAUCGUGUCAUGAUGUGUGGUUGGUGGCGGCUACGUGGUUGCUGACAGGCUUGGGGAGGGCACAGGUCGACGCCACGCCCGUCAUAUGGGAAAACUUCAUCACGGACGGUUGUGAGUCUCUUCCGGGAAACGUCUCUCGGCAAGUGCCGCUCAGGAGUCUCCUCGACGAAGGCUUCUUUCUCCAGCUGGAUAUCUACGGCACGUACACACCUCGCCUCCUGGCGGCGAAGGCGCCUCCUUGCGUCCUACCGGGCAGCGAAAUGUACCGCGUAAAGAGAGGCAAAACAUACAAACAGCAUUUCGAGGUUUUGUUCGAGACUGUAACUCCUGUGGAAGUCACCAGCGCCGAGGAAGAGGCGAAAGAAAAGGAAGAAGAGGGCGAGGAAGAGGGGAAUGAAGGUCUGGAAGCGGGAGAGAGAAAGGAGACGCCGAGGAAAGUCGCGACCAAUUGCAACUUUCCUACAGAAGGAGGAGGCAUCGUGAGGCUCAAGUCUGGCUACGGAUUCCUCUCGUGCCGAGGCGAGAACGACGUCGACGCCGCCAGGGCCGCCCUGCAGGCGUGGCGGGAGGACGUGCGGCGAGAGGAGGCUCGGGCGGCCUCCACUAAAAUCGCGGUGAUGGGCGGCAUCGGCGGCGGAAUGGCGGCCCUGGUGCUGUUCUGCGUGGUGUGCGUGAUGCUGCGCCUGCGAGCCACGAGAGGCCGAGAGCGCUCAAGGAGGAGGACCCGCCACCUCACGCCACCUCGCUCGGCCAGCACGAGGCUCACCAACGACCCCAUGAGUUCCACGCAGCAAUCGGCGCUUAACUCGCGCUGAAGUGUCGCGGAGUGCACGCACAGGCUUCAAUACGGACUUUGUUUGUCCGGAUACACCAUAUUUGAGAACACGUGAUGUUAUCCGAUUGAUUAUAUUCUCUGAUUAGCCUAAUUGCCUAUUACUAAUCCAGGAUGUGAAUAAAUCAUUUUGAUAUUGCUAGUAACCCCGAGUGAAAGAAUACUCAAAAUGAUUGACCAAUUGUAGUUCAGAUUACAUUCACUCCAUUAUAUAGCAACACAGAAUAUAACAUUUGUUAUGUAAUAGUGUUGCCAACACGUAAUUACUGUCACUUUGGAUUGUAAAAAGUGAAUAUUGUCCUCGUUAGGCUCUAGAACAGUGGUUCUUAACCUUUUUAGAGUUACAGAUUUCUUUAAGAAUCUGAUGAAAGCUAUGGAUGCCCUUCCUCAAAAAUAUUCACAUAAAUACAACCUUGCAAAUAAUGUGUAUAAUUGCAUAUAAUCUGUUAAUAUCAAAUUAACCCAUAGAUAUAUGAGAUACACAAAGUGUUAUUAAACUUUAAAUUAAACGAUCUAAAAAGAUAUAAUAAUAUAGAUAAUAAUUAUAUCUGAUCCUUACGGCCUUCCUGAAACCCAUCCACGGAAACCCUAAGUGUCCUUGGACCUAAGGUUAAGAACUCUUGCUCUAGAACAUACAUCGAUCUGAGAUGGUGCAAUGUGAAUAAAGCAUUAUGUGAUAAUUUCAUGAGGUAAUAACUAGUCUUAUAACAUGUUCCAUUUACACCGUAGCUAUUACUUUCACUUUCACUCUCUAUCAUUACAAUUCGCCUUUAGGUAUUGUUGUCUUUCAUGAUUAUUGUGAAUAUCGCUAUUAUUAUCAAUAGUUAAUUUAUUGCUACAACGAAUACACUUUGAUACCAUAAUUAAACUGUUUAAGUAUUCAGGUCUGAUAUCUCGUUAUAUUAAUAAAGGUAAUUAUUACGAUUUAUGAAAGCUUU